AUGCUAUCCGGAAUCCAAAAUGUACGCCAAACAGCCAUCCAGCUGCUCAACUUCGGGCUGGUCCUGAGCACUGCAUUUAUGAUGUGGAAAGGCCUCUCGGUCCUCACCAACUCCCCCAGUCCGAUAGUAGUCGUCCUCAGUGGCUCCAUGGAGCCCGCUUUCCAGCGCGGAGAUCUCCUCUUCCUCCGGAAUACGCAACCGACGCUGAACGUUGGAGAAAUCGUGGUGUAUCAGGUCAAGGAUAAGGAUAUUCCGAUUGUGCAUAGAGUGGUGAGGCAGUUUGGGGAGGGAUCCGAAGCCAAGCUCCUCACGAAAGGCGACAACAACAUUGCGGAUGAUACGGAACUCUAUGCGCGCGGACAGGAUUACCUCGAUCGGGACGAUGUCGUGGGAAGCGUGUUUGGGUAUAUUCCGUUUGUGGGGUAUGUGACGAUUCUUCUGUCGGAGCAUCCGUGGUUGAAGACGGUGAUGUUGGGGGUUAUGGGGUUGUUGGUGCUUUUGCAAAGGGAGUAA